AUGAAAGUGUUCGUAGUCUUAUCAGCACUCGCAGCUGUUUGCCUGUGCGCACCAGCUGAUCCUGAAGCAGACGUUGAGCUGGCACAGCUGAUUGCUCGGCGGAGACUGCCUGCCUUGGAACAUGAAGAAGUUCAUGAUGAGUUCGGUCAGUUUGCUUUGCGCUAUGUGACAGCUGAGGGCACCGUCGUAUCUGAACGAGGCCGUCUAGUCCCAACCCCAGAUGGAAAGAGUUACGUACUCAUCACCGAAGGCGAAGUCUCGUACAUCGGUGAUGAUGGUGAACUCUACGUCACCAAAUUCACAGCGGGUAUCGACGGUGUGAAGGUGGAAGGAAACCAUUUGCCGAAAGCUCCUGAACCUUUACCGGUUGCCUAA